AUGAGCGCAUUUCGAGAUCCGACGUCGGUACAUGCGCAAAUCCACAGGAAAAAGAGUCUACAGCUUGACAAGGCGCGAAAUGGUGAAAAUGGUGUUGGCAAAUCGUCGCGACUGGCAAAGAGAGCCUCUAUUGCGGGCUUUUCGUCCCUGGUCAAGGAUGGCGUUUCGUGGGCCGGCGAUCGACUGAGUACGUACAGGGAUGGGUUGUCGAGGGAAGAGCGCGAGGAAAAGUUGCGACGGGAUAAUAGGAAACAGUUGCUUUAUUUGAAGAUGCGAAAUGCCGUCUCGUUCGAAGAGUGGCGCUCAUGCGCCUGCGAAUUGGAUGAGCUUGAAGGCAACAACCAGUGGAAGGAAACCUUUGAGUCCGAUGAAUACAAUCCCGUCUUGGUUUUGGAACGAAUGAAGGAACUAGAGGAUGCACGGAUUAGUUGCGACGUCAGUCGCAUGUUGUUCCUCGUUCGAACGGCAUUGACGAGGGACUUGGGAAAUAUGAGCAGUGCGGCACUAUACCGACAUUCGCAUAUCGGGACCAAGAACCUCAUCAAUCAGUAUAUUACGACGGCGCUUAAUACAAUAUCGACUCUUUUAGACUUAGCCGGAAACGACCGAUGCGAUUCUGCCGAGACGCAAUACAUCCUAGAUCAACUCUUGUCCGCACGACAGGCAUUCGGCCGCAGCGCCAUCUCAUUAUCAGGAGGCGGAACAUUCGGCAUGAACCAUGUGGGAGUUAUCAAGGCCUUAUGGGAAGCAAAACUCGUACCCCGAAUCAUUUCUGGGGCAUCCGCAGGGAGCAUUGUCGCCUCUAUAUUCUGCGCUCAUACUGACGAUCAGAUCCCUGCAGUUUUGGAGGCUUUCCCUUACGGUGAACUGGACGUCUUUGAGCCAGAAGGCAAUCAGCUGCCGCCAUUGCAGAAGAUGGCUCGACUUUUAAAAUAUGGGUCGGUGUACGACAGCUCGAAUUUGGAACGAGUAAUGAGAAAUUGGCUUGGUGAUAUGACUUUUCAUGAAGCUUACAACCGCACACGGAAAAUUCUGAACAUAUGCAUUUCGAGCGCUGGUCUUUACGAGCUUCCACGAUUAUUGAAUUAUAUCACAGCACCGAAUGUGCUCAUAUGGUCUGCAAUCACCGUAUCAUGUUCGGUACCUUUCGUGUUCUCGCCGUCGGUUUUGAUGGCAAAAGAUCCUCUCACAGGAGAAAACGUAGCUUGGCACGACGAGCCCGGCCAGUGGAUUGACGGCUCCGUCGAUGGAGAUUUGCCUAUGACUCGAUUGGCGGAGAUGUUCAACGUCAAUCAUUUCAUUGUUUCACAAGUGAACCCUCAUAUCCUUCCAUUCUUAGAAAAGGAAACCGGCCCCGGGAAAGAGGACCAGCGACAAGCUUGGUUCAGCUCUCCAUGGUUGAACGCAAUGACAAACCUCGCACGCGACGAGGUCUUACAUCGUAUGAAUGUGUUUUCGGAAAUGGGCGUUUUUCAAAACGAGUUUAUGAAAACUGCAUCAAUACUGAGUCAAAAGUACUCAGGCGAUAUCAACAUCUAUCCGGAGAUUCCGUACUCGCACUUUCUACGUAUCCUCCAAAAUCCAACCACCGAAUUUAUCAUACGAACCUGUUUGAAAGGCGAACAGGCGACUUGGCCUGUGAUUUCCCGUGUGCGAAAUCACCUCGCUAUCGAGUUGGCUCUCGAUUCGGCAGUACAGACAAUGCGAGCGCGCGUUGCAUUGAGUCCCCCUGUUGCAGUGUCGUUAUCAACGUCAUACAAUGCUCAAUCGCAAAUACUACGCCAAGGUGAUCAACGACCCGGCAUGUUUCCAAGGCGGAGCUCGUAUAGUGAAGCUGGAAGCGCAAGAAAUACGCGGUAUUUAUCUGGCCGACGACCUAUUGGAGAUUUACGCAAGGCUCACAGCUCCGUUUCUAUGGAACUGACUGAGUUGCAAAGACCUCUUAGUCCCGUAUAUCGCUACAAACAUGGGCACACAAGUAAUCUGGAAGAUUCCCCACUGAAUAACAAAACCAGGAUUCCUAAAAACCAUGCGGAUGAAACGCACUUCCUUGUUCUAAGUGAUAGUGACGACGAAUCCUACACCUCAUGGUCGCAGCGGCCCGAUAUGUUGCGCCAGGCUACAUGGCUUGGAUCGUCGCCAGCAGUUGACACGCCGAGAACGGGUCGGGCGAGCCCUGUAGCAUCUCGACGGUCGUCAAUUGCGAAGAGCGCUUCUAAUCCGAACCGACUGGCGUCUGCUGGUGAGGUUUACUUGUCGCCGACCGCGGCGGGAUAUUAG